AUGAAGUCCGAGGUGUGUCUCUGUGGAAUCAUCUAUCUGCUGCCGAGGCGCUGAUACAGCACAGCAGCGGUGAUGCGUCUGCGCAGCCUGCCGGGCUCCCAUUGGCUGCAAAUGACAUCAUCCCGCGCUGAUCUAUUGUUGGAGAGAGGAUGAGCUCAUAGUUUAGAGGAGCUGGACACAGAGCACAGAACCACAGCAGAAACAUAACGACACUGACACCAGGACUGCUGCUGCUGCUGCUGCUGCAACCAGAGGACUUUAAACACACUCACAACAUGGUGUGGACUAAGGACAGAGACUCGGAGAGACCUCCAAUCUCCGCGAUCCUGCCGAGACUUUACCUGGGAGCAGAGAGCGACGUGACGCAGGAUGGUCUGGCAUCUCUGGGGAUCUCGUACGUUCUCAGCGUGAGUCGCUGCAGCCCCCAGCCCUCCUUCCUGCCGUGCUCUCGUUACCUCCGGAUCCCCAUUGACGACUCACUGUGGGAUGACCUGCUUCCCUGGAUCCCCCAGGCCCUUAGCUUUAUCGAUGGGGCCAUAUCCUCAGGGGCUUCGGUCCUGGUUCACUGUGCAGCAGGGAUCUCUCGGUCUCCGGCUCUGGCUGUGGCUUACAUCAUGUACAGAAUGGGACUGGACCUUGACCAGGCCUACAGGUUUGUGAAAGAGCGUCGUCCCUCCAUCUCUCCAAACUUUAACUUCCUGGGACAGCUGCAGUAUUUCCAGAGCACGCUGAGCCUGAAGACGCCUGCAGGAGGACUGGUUCUCCCACAGCUGGACAGUAACAAGAGGACAGGUCAUCAGUCUGACAACAGAGACCUGACUCAGGACCAUCAGGAGGACUCAGGGCUGACAGACAGAGCCCAGCAGAGACUCAAAUGUCAGGAUCAAAGUGUCAAACUGCAUCACAAGACUGUGAAUCAGCAGCAAAGAGAGCUUCAGACACCACCCUCAGCUAAACCUGCACAAAAACCCUUCACACUACAACUCCCAGCAGCCUCCUCUUCUCUACAAGACAAACGCAAAAGCCUCACUCUCUCUCUUACCCCGCUUGGAGUCAAUCCUGCCUCACCAGCAGAGGGCGCCCUUACAUCUAACAGGGAGACAGGAGAAAGGCCCAUCAGGGACAGUACACAAGAGACCCACAGGGAGCACAGCGCCCCCAACAGGAGAGUGAAGGAGCAGGGUCUGCUAUCUCCCUUUGGGUUCAGUCUGAACAAGCUGCUGGAUUGGGGGGAGAGGCUGCUGCUGGGGGGGCUGUUUGUCCCCUCUGUGAAGAUGGGACAGCCUGCCCUGCCAUACAGGUGCUGAGGGGGGUGCAGGUGUUCAGUUUGUAUCAGUGCAUGGUUGUUUCUGAACUGUGUGAUGUUUGUACAGACAGCAGCUUUAUUUAUUGAUUAUUUAUUUAUUAAAGAGAUUAAUAUAAAGAGACGGUAAACCUUGACACGUUUAUUAUAUCUGGUCAGAUGUCAGAUUAUUUUAUGGACUUUUAAAUGUGUAAAUGAUGAUUAAAGUUGACAUUUCAA